AUGCCUUUGAGCACAAGCGGCUUGGUGGCCCUGGUUGCCUUUUAUGUUGUUACUUUAGCAACUGGAAUAUGGGCUUCCUGGAAAGCCAAGAAGCUGAAAAGCAGGAAGCCCAGUGAAGUGGCCAUGGUGGGAAACAGGAAAAUGGGUUUUUGCCUUGGACUGUUCACCGCUACCGGUAAGUACCAAUUUCCCCAAAACCAAGGAGGUUGUGGAUUCUCCUUCCUUGGAGGUUUCUAAGCAGAGGUUGGGUGGCCAUCUGUCAUGGCUGCUUUAGUUGAGAUUCCUGCAUUGCAAGGGGUUGGAUUAUAUGAUCCCUGCGGUCCCUUCCAACUUACAAUUCUAAUGACUCAUGGUGUGAGGCAUCAUGAUGUUAUAGAUGGGCUUUGUCAUAACACAGGAUUGCCAAUUUUUAAAAGGAACUAACCUGAUAUCUAGGCAGGGUCCAGAAAUGUGGCUGGGUGAUUAAGUGGCCCGGGAAAAUGCCAAAAUUCAGAGGGGGAAAGUCAGAGUUUUCAUGUUUGUGUGUGCGUUUUUGUGUCCGUGGUCUUUCCCAGCGUUAACGGGGAGAUGCUGGAGAUGAUACAUGAGAACUUUUGAAUGCAAAGGGAGUAUUCUACCACUGAACUACUGCAUCUGAGUCUUAGGUCUAGAAGUUUUUUUGCAGCAGAUUUAUUUUAAAGCACUUGUUUCCCAAGGUUAUUUAUUUAUAUUUCAAAGUUUUUUCUUCCAGUUAUACAAAAUAAAGUGGGGGGAAAGAAAGAAGAAGGUGCAAUAUAGACUAAUAUAGCAGUUCUUAUUUUAUUUUAAAGCACUUUUUUCCAAAGUUUUUUAUUUAUUAAUUAAUAUAUUAAAAUUUUUCAUAUACAAAAUUUAAUAUAUAUAUAUAUCUUAUAUGCACAUAUGAUUAUUAAUAACCUGCUAUAUUCUGUAUACACUUGUUCCAAAAAUCAAUAUAUUUAUCCAAACAAAACCUGCAUCUAUAAGCAAUCCGUUCAUAUGUUGUGAGUGCUGUCAUGUCUUCAAUCCAUUGAUUAAAGAGGACCAGAUUUUUGUUUUUCCAAUUCAUCAAUAUCAGUCUUUUGGGCAUACUUAGAACACAGAGAAUCCAUUUUCGUUGUCUGUCCACUUGUCAACUUCCAUAUAAUAAGUGUAUAAUUCGAAAGAAUAUUUCCUUCUGAAUAUUUCAAGUUCUUCCAUACAGUUGUACACAGUUCAACACUUUCGCCCAAAACUUAGUGGGAAUAGGACACUGUAAGAACACCAUAUUUCCAAGAGGCAUUAUCCUCCAACAAGAAGCUGCAAUCGACAGUCCUUUUCUAUGCAAAACUAAUGGAGUCCAAUAGAUUCUAAAUAUUAUUUUCUGUUGUGUAAGCUUUAGUUUAAGAUCCAUCGGUGCCUUUGCUAUGGAAACUAAAACACUGUCACACUGUCUACCUGGUCUAUAGGAACAACCAAAUCUUUUUUUCCAGUUGUUUCUUACAGUCUGCAUAUCAAACUUAUUUAUUAAUAACAAAUAUCUAUAAAAAGUAAUUGCUGGGUUUUUUUGUUUUGAAAGAUUUGGACAACUGUUCCAAUACCUCUGGUGUCUCAGAGGCUGAAAAAGCAGCCAAUGCAAACACUGUUUUUUAAAUUUUUAAUUAGUUUUUAUUAAAUAUUUUAUUGUGCUACGAAACAAACCAGCAGGGGAAAGUACAGUAUUUUACCAUGUAUAAGACUAGUUUCCCCCCCUAAAAAAUAAUGUCAAAAAUUAGGGGGCGUCUUAUGCAUGGGGCCAUCUCCUCCCAUUUUCUUAAAUCUGAGUCCUCCAAAAUACAUGGGGGUGUCUUAUAGACGGAAAAGUAUGGUACAUCUUUUGUCUGCACUUUCAAUUCAUAGAGUCUUUUUUGCAGUUUGUUUACAUGUAGCGAGAGACGUUUUUGUCAUGGAUCUCUUGCUUUUGGGGGAAAAUAGAAGGGGGGAGAUAUGAGGGGUGUUGUUCUUUGUUACAAGACAUUGUAGCUGCAGAUAUUGCUAUUGGAAUGCAUCUGACGGGUGAUAAUUAUCACUUAAAACACUUAACCUAUAAAAUUCGUCUUCCUCAUCUAUCAGUUGAUCCAAUGUCAUUAUGCCGCUUCCAUCCAAUUUUUUCAUACAUGCCAUCUUUUCCCCAACUUUAAAAAUGGGAUUCCCCCACAAAGUCAAUUUAGCGUGGAUCAAAUCUGUUUUUUAUUUGGCAUUAUAUUCCAUAUCUUUCUAAAUGACUUAAUUGUGUCAAGAGUUUCCUUAAUUUUAAAAUAUUUUGAUCCUAAUAUCGUCCAACCAACCAAAGGUGCUGUGUAUGCAUAAUCUCAUGUAGCCACUUCUUUUCCAAAAUCAAUCAAUAAACAAAACCUCUCGUCAGUCUGAAAGAGAAAAUAUUACAAAAGAGGCUUUCAUUGCCAGGGAUUGAGGCCUGAGAUGUCCUAAGUGCAAUGUAAAUAUUCUAUCACUGAGACAUGGUCCUUCCCUUAUUCAAGGCCUUAUAGAAAUUGGAGCUAAAGGCAGCACAACACAGAAUUUAUUUUUAGCUGGGAUGUCCAUUUUGAGAGAAUGUCCAAGUUUAAGUGUGUUCUUCCUGCUUUCUUUCAGCCACGUGGGUUGGAGGAGCAUAUAUCAAUGGCACUGCUGAAAUUGUCUACCUGCCUUCAAGAGGACUCGUGUGGGUCCAAGCCCCAGCAGGAUUUGCUCUCUCUCUCCUUAUUGGUAAAGUUUUCAAAAAAGCUUAAAUAUGUAACUACGGUGGUACCUCGGGUUAAGUACUUAAUUCGUUCCAGAGGUCCGUUCUUAACCUGAAACUGUUCUUAACCUGAGGUACCACUUUAACUAAUGGGGCCUCCCGCUGCUGCCACGCGAUUUCUGUUCUCAUUCUGAGGUAAAGUUCUUAACCUGAGGUACUAUUUCUGGGUUAGCGGAGUCUGUAACCUGAAGCGUAUGUAACCUGAAGCGUCUGUAUCCCAAGGUACCACUGCAUUCCAUCCAAUAAAAAUCAGUACUGGAAAUGAUGAGAGCCUCGUCCAAGGGGAAUGCUGAAGUUUGACUUUGGUUCACAUUGUUUCCUCACAAAUUGCCCUUGUCGCACAUACGAAAAGUCUCUCAAGGAGUAAUCCAAACACAAGAUCCGCUGGGAUGAGGGGGUUUCUGGAUAGGUGGAUCUUGGGCUGAAUCUGGACUAAAUUUCCCUAUCUUGGGUCAGCCAUAAAUACUUCAGUGCAAACCCUCCAUCUCUGAUCCUGUGAAGCCGAAGCCAGGAAAAUACCCAAAAAGGGGUGCUCCAAGAGUGUGGCAGAGGCAGGGCAGAGGAGGAGACACCCCCUAUUUCAAACUCCUUUCAGCUCAGUCACAUGACCUAGCAACCCAGCAGUUUGCCAUCCAGCCAUCUCUGAAGGUCACUGUGAUGACUAUUCCCAGGUCAGAGUGCUGGUCCAGGUGUGAGGAGACCCCGGUUCAAACCUCCACUCAGCUAUGGAACUUGCUAGGUGAUCUCAGACCAGUCACCUUCUCUCAGGCUACAGGAUUGUUGUUAAGGAAAAAAUGGGAAAGAGGAACCACGUGUGCCACUCUUAGCUCCUCGGGGGAAAUUUUGGGUAUCUAAAAACAUUGCUUCUGCCCAGAUGACAAUAAUAAUUGCAAUACAACUGCUUUUUAACAGGUGGGCUCUUCUUUGUCAAUCCAAUGAGAUCGAAGAAGUACGUGACAAUGAUGGAUCCACUCCAAGAAACAUAUGGGAAUGUGAUGGCAAGCCUCAUGUUUAUUCCAUCGUUGAUAGGGGACAUAUUCUGGUUUGCAGCUAUUCUUGCUUCCUUAGGUAACUAAACAUCUCUUGCUUGUCUUAAGGACCGAAGGCUUGUUUCAGUAAAGUAGGAACUGCUUUAAUUACGGCCCAUGAGUCCGUGCAGCCCACAUUUCCACUUCAUGCAAUUCAAAUGUCUACGGCUGGGGAAAGAUAGAUGGAGUGAUUUGCCCUAAGUCGGAUGAGGAACCUCAGACCAGGCAGUCCAAUGUGGCCCUCUAGAUCUCUCUCUCUGUGGCCCUUAGCACUCUCCCCAGGCCACAACCCCUCCUCAGCCAUGUCCUGCAACAACCUUACUUCAUACCCGCCCUGAGGAAUAAAGAGAACUGAACUCCACAUCUGGGAAUGUUCAUAAUGCCUAGAGCAGCCUUUCCCAACCUCUGGCACUCCAGAUGUUUUGGGGUUCAAAGGCCAUCAGCCCCAGAUGGUGUGGCCAAUGAUCACAGUCCAGUGAUUGGAACUGUAGACUAGUAACAACUGGAGGGCAUCUGGUUGGGGGCGGGAAACAUCUAGUCUAGAAGAACAUCUCUCCCAAUGUUAAUGCUUGUAUCUCUUAAGGAGUAAUUCUGUCACUUGUGUUACACACUAAUAUAACAAUGUAAGGGAAAUGGUGUCGCAUUAAAUUUCAUGCUGUAGCUUAACAUUGUCCUUUUUUCCACAGGUGCAACCAUGCAGGUCAUUUUGGAUAUCCAUGGUAUUUUAGUCAUUAUUAUCUCUGCAUGCACGGUUAUAAUCUAUACUUUAUUAGGCGGCCUGUACUCAGUUGCAUAUACAGAUGUAAUACAGCUGAUCUUUAUAACAGUCAGCCUGGUAAGUCUCAAUAUUGUUAUUUUACUACUCACUUGAAAUGUUGGUGUGCUUUUUAAAAAAAAAACCAUAACCAUAUUCUACACACAUGGGGCUUGGUCGCGGUCUCUGCGAGGCUGUGAUGGGUACAAAAUGCUAGGACAAAAUUAUGAGUCUGGGGAUAAUCUUUGCCUGCAGUGAAUCUGAGCACCAUCAAAGUGAAUGAGCGCUCUCUCUAUAUGUGUGUUGCUGGAGCUUCAGGUGUGAGCAGGAGCUUCUAUAAGCACACUGGAGCCAGUUCUCUAUAGUAAUCAUCAGCAACCAGCUGCUUGUAAGAUCAAAUAUUGUCUGUGGGUGAGCAGCUAUCGACCCAUCAGUCACCUUUGUCCUCUGUUUGAUGGAUUUUGGUGAGCAGGAGUGGAUAUUUUAUUUUACUUUCCUCUUUUCACUUGUGGGUAGCAUAUUUUGCAAACCAGAGCUCAAGGCUGGUGUCCUUGAGGGAACCUGAUGGGGAAAUAAUACUGAUGUUUCUCUUUUUACCGCAAGUGGGUUUGUAUCCCCUUUGCCCUCAUGAACCCUGCAACGAAAAGCAUUUCCUACACUGCUGCGCACGACGUCUUCCAAGCAUCUUGGAUUGGAAAAAUGGAAGUGCAGUAUCUUGGAAGGUGGCUCGAUGACUUCUUAUAUUUGGUAAGAACUGCUCCCAAGGCAGAUGGAGGGCAAGCUGGUGGCGCUUGCUGUUUUAUUUCAUUCUGGCCAGACUGUAGAAAUAGUUGUAUUGGAUGAGCUGGGGAAAUGUAUACCAUGCCUGCAGAGGAAAAACACCCCUUCACAAUUUGAAUCUGAGUCACAUCUGAGAACGGAUUUCCAAGCGGCUUCCUGUAAUGCCCCCAUUACUGGCUACGCUGAUAACUUUGAACUGCCCUGCUCUCUGCUCAAGUUUGGUCCACAGUGAGUGGGGGAAUUAAAGAUUUGGCCCUCGGGCUAGUAUUGCCCCUUUCUAACAUUUAUUUCUGUGGUUUUCUUUUUGUAAAUAAAGUCGGGAUUAAGGGUUUUCCCCCCUCAGGACGGUGGAUGGUUGUUUGUGUUUGUGAAGUGGUGGUAGCACUUGCCCUUCUUCUGAUAGGAAAUGCUUUGCAGGGGGAACAGACCCAAAAAUGGGGGGGGGUCAGGAAGGGUCAGUUGUUGGGGAGUCAGAAAUGUCCCUACUUUCACCUCAGGAAUGUUGGAGGGUAUGAGAUUGCCAUUUGGUCUGAUCUAUUGCUGAAUAGAUUCCUAAGGGUUUUCCCUUGGGAAGAAACAAGGCAAGAGGGAAACCACUUGGAACCACAGCAGAAUUGGGAGUGAGCCCUUCGUCGCUCGAACAAGACUCAGUUGGAACGGAAGGCCACAAGGCCUAACAGCACUUGGAUUGCAUUGCCUGAAGUGACUUUGGGGCUGCCUGUAUGUGAUGGGAGGCUGACCGAUAUGUUCAUAACCUUCUGCUUCUCUUCCAGGUUCUUGGGAGUAUCCCGUGGCAAAUCUAUUUCCAGCGCGUUCUCUCAGCUUCUUCUCCAAACGAAGGAAGGCUCAUCUCCUACCUUUCUGGACUGGGGUGCUUCAUCAUGGCCAUCCCUUCUGUUGUCAUUGGGGCUGUCGCUGCUUCCACAGGUAAGAUUAGCACGCUUCAUAACACCACCCGGAGGAUCGCGAAUCCUCCCUGACUCUUCUGGGGAGAAAGAAGUUGCCACCUUGGGUGUGAUGAAUUUUAGGGACAGCCAAUUUUGUUCAACGAUACGCUGUUCCUAACCUAGCCUACUCUACCCGUUGGAAAAAGUGAUAGGGAAGACUUCCUGUUCCUUUGCAUGAGUUAACCCUCAUCCUGAAAUAUGAUCAAACCUUUUAACAUACAUGACGCUUCUCUGUUUCCUUUCUAAGACUGGAAUCAGACUGCCUAUGGCCUCCCCAGUCCCAACGACAGAGGAGAGUCUGCCCUUAUUCUCCCACUGGUUCUCUACCAUCUGUGCCCAACAUAUGUCGCCCUUGGUGGCUUGGGCGCCCUGGCUGCUGCCGUGAUGUCUUCGGGCGAUUCUGCCUUGCUCUCGGCUGGUACCUUGUUUGCUCACAACAUAUACAGGAAAGUCUUCAGGAAACAUGUGAGUUGUUGCAAAUAAUAUCGACACCAGCGGGUGGAGGGAGGUCUGUGGGGGAUCCAAGUGUCUUCACUAUAUUAUUUUUGGUGCCUGCUAAAAAAAUUGUUUUGUUUUGACAAGCCCACCCAGAUAUGUAGAAUGUUGAUUUGUAUUUUAAUCUGUUUUUAGUUUAUCAUGGAUUUUACGAUUCGAUAAUCUUUAUUGUCAUUGUCCCAUACAGAACAACGAAAUUGAAAAAAAUCUACACCAGACAUUCAAAAACCAACAAGCCUGCUAUCCCAACUAUCCCAACCGGGUUAGCCCCUAAAAACUCUGAUACCCCAUAAUUGAAUACAAUAUACUCACAUAGAGACUACCUUACACUUUGUUUAAAAUCUCUACGCUGAUUUAAUUGUUGCUUGCUACUGUUUUUACGAAUAGUUUUAUUGUUUUAUUCCUUUCAUAAAUUGCUUUGAGGGGUUUUUUUAUAUAUAUACAAUCAAGCAGUGCAUACAUUUUUAUGAAAUAAAAUUAAAGAAAAUUAAGCAGGAAUUUCCUCCCAAUGCAAAACAGAAGCAUGAUUUUCCUGCACCUGGGGAGGAAAAGGUUAAAUCCUUUCUCCAUGUCUGCUCUGAUGCUGUCAAUUGUCCCUCCCCUCACCCCAUGAUAUUUGUAUUAAAAAACUGAAUGUUAAAUGCAAGGCCAAAUCUAGGUUCUCUCUAUAAGAAGAGAGAAACUUGAAAGGCCACAACAGAAAUAUGCACUGGAACAUAAUAAAAUUUAAAGAGAGGAAGCCAGUAGUUACACAGAAUUACGCCACUCAGAAUGAUCAUAGGAAAUAGAUUCGUAACAUUUCGUAAAAUAUAUUGCGAGGCUCCUCAUCUCAUUAUCUCAUUAGCUAAAAUGGCUCUUGGGGUUUGCAGUAAGCAGUUGACUUUACCAGAAAGAAUAUCGCAGAGACCUUUCUUUUAAAAUGAAAUAAAAUUCUUAAUUUAAGGGGUUUCUGGGAAUUUCCAGGAACCAGUAACAACAGGGUUCAAAGCCACCCCAAAUCCCAGAAAGACAAUUUAAAUAAUAAUACAGUGGUACCUCUAGUUACGAACUUAAUUUGCUACCGGAGGUCCGUUCUUAACCUGAAACUGUUCUUAACGAGAGGCGUGCUUUCGCUAAUGAAGCCUCUUGCUGCCGCUGUGCCGCCGGCACACGAUUUCCAUUCGCAAAGUUCUCAACUCGAGGUAACUCUUCCAGGUUAGCGGAGUUUGUAACCUGAAGUGUUUGUAAGCUGAGGCGUUUGUAACUCGAGGUACCACUGUAAUAAUAAGUGAUAUUGGUAAAAGUUACCCAGCUUAGUGUAGUUGUGUUUAGGCCCUAGCAGCCCACCUGAACUCAGCUAUGAAGCUCCCUGGGUGGGCCAGUCGCCACGUCUCGGCCCCCAGCCUACCUCAAAGGGUUGCUGUACGGGUAAAAUGGAGAGGAGAAUCAUGCACACCACCUUGAAUUCGUUGGAGGAAAGGCGGCUGUAAGAAUAACGGAGGAUGGCAGGAGGUUGGAUACAGGGAGCUGUGUGUGAGCAAGCUGAAGAGCAAGCUUCGCAGAGCCUCUUUUUAUUAGCAGAAGUCAACAAUUGGAAUCAGUAGUGAAACCACUCUGAACAUGACGUAUUUCCAUCUAAGCACAUUUCCAGCGUUAUCAAAUACACGUGUUAGCAGGUGUUUCCCUAAAAUGUUCCCCGAUACAGUGGUACCUCAGGUUACAUACACUUCAGGUUACAGACUCCGCUAACCCAGAAAUAGUGCUUCAGAUUAAGAACUUUGCUUCAGGAUGAGAACAAAAAUCAUGCUCCGGCGGCAGCAGGAGGCCCCAUUAGCUAAAGUGGUGCUUCAGGUUAAGAACAGUUUCCGGUUAUGUACGGACCUCCGGAACGAAUUACUGUAUUUUUCGCUCUAUAACACGCACCCGACCAUAACACGCACGUAGUUUUUAGAGGAGGAAAAUCCGUAGGCAUGCCACCCGUAGGCAUUCCCUCCAUAACACGCACAGACAUUUCCCCUUACUUUCUAGGAGGAAAAAAGUGAGUGUUAUGGUGCAAAAAAUACGGUAAGUACUUAACCUGAGGUAGCACUGUACUUGAUUACAACUGCGUCCCUGGUCAUGCUCCAGCCAAGCGUUAUGUCGAGUGACCAAAUCUGUGAGAAGACAAACGGUCAGGGGAAACCCCCUGUUUGCUAGCCAAGAGGCACAAGUUCAGGGAGCGUGGGCGCAAGGCUCCUGGGCACGCUGUUGCCUGCCAGGUGCAAGGUGUGCCUCAGCACAAGCGGAGCGUUACCUCCACAGCGGCAUAGAAAUGUAAUAGCACCUAAACAAAUAAUAAAACACCUAUUUCUUUAUUUCCAGGCGUCAGAGGAAGAAGUGCUAUGGGCGAUGAGAAUGUCCAUGGUGAUCUUUGGGAUGAUGUCCGCAGGUCUAGCUUUUUACGCCCAUUCCAUUUAUGACCUCUGGUUCCUGAGUGGAGAACUCGUCUACGCUCUCCUCUUCCCCCAGCUCUGCUGCGUCCUCUUCAUUCGCAACACCAACACUUACGGCUCCGCCGCCGGGUUCUUCUUGGGCCUUCUCCUGCGCCUCUUGGCGGGGGAGCCCGCCCUGAACAUCCCCCCGGUCAUCCAUUACCCAGGAUGCUCUCUGGUUGACGGGGCCUAUGUCCAGCUGUUCCCAUUUAAGCUGUUCACCAUGCUGGUAUCUCUGCUGACCAUCAUCUCUGUCUCACAUCUGUCCGCCUUUCUAUUUAAGGCCAACAUCCUUCCCCGCAGAUGGGACGUCUGUAAGAUCGUACGAGCUGAUAGGGUGGUCAUUUCCUUACCCCAGAGGCGUAAAAGAGAUGCCUGUGCCAGAACAGAGUUUUGAGUAAAGGGGAGACAAAUUGCAUUGGUAUUUUACCCAUGAUCCUUCUUGAAGGAUCCUUAGCUCUUUGAAUGAGGUCAUCUUCCAUGUUGUGAUUUAUUGUUGUUGUUGUUGUUGUUAUUGAAGUCCAUAGUCACAGCAAAGGGCCCUCUCCCAUUGUGGCACAACCUCCAACACCUUUCUCUUUUCCUAGUCCUGUUAAUCCAAUGUCUGGGUCUUUCUGAAAAACAUGAAGCCUUUGAAGCCCUUUAAUUGGUGCUGCAGCUACAGAAAUUCAGUGGGUGCAGAAUGCUGCGGCGAGACUCCUUACGGGGUCCUUGCCGCGGGAUCACAUUCACCCGGUGCUAUACCAGCUGCGCUGGCUCCCGGUGGAGUACAGGAUCAGGUUUAAGGUGCUGGUUUUAACCUUUAAAGCCCUAUACAGCCUAGGACCCUCGUACCUACAGGACCGCCUCUCCUGGUAUGUCCCACGGAGGACUUUACAGUCUUCAAAUAAAAACAUUUUAGAGGUCCCAAGCCACAGAGAGGUUAGGCUGGCCUCAACCAGAGCCAGGGCUUUUUUGGCUGUGGCCCUGAUCUGGUGGAACGCUCUGUCACAAGAGACUAGGGCCCUGCGGGACUUGACAUCUUCCGCAAGGCACAGUCUGACCCUCUCCUUUGCUGAUCCUCGUAGAACUCUGGCCCAGUGGUUGCCAUUUGACUUUGAAUUGAUUUUAGAAUACUGAUUUUAGAAUGCUGUGUUACUUUUAUUGCUGUUAGCCGCUCUGAGCCCAGCUUCGGCUGGGGAGGGCGGGACAUAAAUAAAUUAUUAUUAUUAUUAUUAUUAUUAUUAUUAUUAUUAUAUCAUUUAGUUGUAUAGAGUGUCUUAAUUGAUUGGUUACUUUUGCCAAAUUUGUAGCCCUCUGUGUAAUGGGGGGGGGUUUGGAAUUCCAAUUCUGAAAUGCAUCCUUUAUCAACAGUACCAUCAACGGUAGGAAUGGAGCAUGUGUCCUAAUUUACAGAGGAUGGUCCUCUAUUUGAAGGUGUUGCCUGAAGGGUUGACAUUUUAAAGAUUCCCAAGGAGGGACAGCAGGAGGAGCUCCACAAAGCUACAAUUCCCAGAGUGGCUUAACAGUCAAUGCCUCUUCACAGGGAACUCUGAGAUUUGUAGCUCUGAGAAAAGGAACAGGAAUCUCCUAACAACUCUCAGCACCCUUAACAAACUACAGCUCCCAGGAUUCUUUGCAGGAAGCCAUAUUUAAAUGAAUGGUGUGAAAGUGACUCCAGUUUCUAAAUAGCAGUUGCUCAGCACAAAUAAUAAGAGAGAUCAGUUGCCUCAGUGCCUUCUGUUUGUGAUUUCCAGAUACUGGACUUGAUGGAUCUUCCUUCAAAAACUUGAUUUUCUUUUUGUAUUAAUAAAACGCAUGAUCUAAAACAAGACCUGCUUUGAUGGCUUGAUCACCUCAUAUUGCGCCUCUAAUUAUGUUGUCUUUCAUAUAUUUUGCCGUGUAUUUAACUGUUAUUUGUAAGCCACUCUGAGGCACUUGUGUAAAGUGACUAAUAAGCCCCCAACAUGCAACAGUCAGCCAUCAUUCUGUACCCACUGAAAUUAAAAUUUUGCAAUGUUAAUUUCAGAAGGUACAUAUUUCCGUUCACAAGUUGUGGAGGCUUGUCCAUCUGAAAAAUCUGUUGGAUCUGAAGACUCUGAAAGCAAAUAUAAGAAAUUAUUUUCACGGUCUACUUUUAAAGCCCUGUGGCAGGCUUCCUCAGCUUCGGCCCUCCAGAUGUUUUUUGGCCUACAACUCCCAUGAUCCCUAGCUAGCAGGACCAGGGGUCAGGGAUGAUGGGAAUUGUAGUCUCAAAACAUCUGAAGGCCCAAGAUUGAGGAAGCCUGCCCUAUGGUUUGACCAGCCUCUCUCAUCCCCUCAUGCUUUACUUCAAUGUCUACAUUAACUCAAGCUUCAAAUGAAAAUUCUAACUCAGCCUGGAAGCUAGGCAGUGUAUAUCAGUGUUAUAAGUCUGUAGUUAACUAACUGUAUACCCUAAAAUGUUCCCCACAAUCUUUUGCUGAAAUGCAAGAGGCUCUUCAGAAAACAAGUUAACACGGAAAGGGAUUCCCUUAAGGUAAAUAAUAUGCUGGGUAUAGGGAAGAGGAUAGAUCAGUUAUAUCUAAUCCUCUACACACCCACAUAUGUGGGUUAGCAAACAAAAGAAAAAUGGCUGGUGCCUGUUUUAACAAAUGUAGGUAUUGCGCAUAAAGAGCCCCAGUAGCGUACUUUAAAUCCCACUGUUAGGCAGGUUUAGUGAAACAUAAGAAGAUGCUUUUAAACCUUCUUUUAAUGCAUUCCAACUACUUCAGGCAACUGGCUCCCUUUACCCCUCCUGCCGAGAAACAGACUACACAAUGAAGUAAGUUUAAAAUAUACUUUACUUACAGUUGUGCAUUGUUCUUAUCAGUAAUAAGAAAAUGCAGGUAAAUGUUCUUAGUGGAAAAAAUACAUCAAAGAAUGUUGAGGCAACUACUGAAAUUGUUCAACUUUUUUUAAAAGAAAAAAACCAAUGUUGUUGAGCUUUUUUUUUAACAAAAAUGACAAAAAAUGUUAUUUUUCAAUUGACUUGCCUUUGAAAUCCCAGUAAUGUCUGCAAAGAUGCAGAUGUAUAGCAACCCUAGGCAUGUCUGCCUCUGUCACUUGCAGCAAGAAAGAGAGAGAGAGAGAGAGAGAGAGAGAGAGAGAGGGAGAGAUGGAAGAGGAAAUGAGCCUUACUUCUUCUCAGGAGGAGAGGAGAGGCAACACCACUGAACCUUCUCUAACAAUUUAGAACUCUGUGAUCCGUAACCCUUUCGCAUACUAAAUAGCAUUGUUAGGUUUGAUUUCAAAUCUCCCACAGGUAGAUACUUCUAACCUAAAGCAUCCUAAAAUUGCCAAAACCCACCACACCAUUUGAAGAGAGACGAAAAGAAACAGAAUUGUAACCUUUGUGCAAAAUUUCUGAAAACCCUAAUGCAACAUAUGGCAGAUAAGGAGUGUUGCAGCUCCUGCUAAGCCUUUUUGUAAAUGCCUUUUUGUUCCAUUAUUAAUGACUUUAGGUCCCACUCUUUAUAGGAACUUGAAAAACCACAAGAGACUGCAGGAAAACUGCACUCAGAGCGAUCUUGAAAGAUGGAUCUCUGUUUCCAAAGGCAGACAUGCAAAGGAAAAGGGCCCUUUGAAAACUAUGGCUCUUAAUCAGCAAUCUAAGUUCAGAUUUCACAGCAGAGAUGGGCAACAUUUUGUCUGUUGAAACUUGAGCAUCACAUUCCCUUGGGGGCAAUGUGUUAGGAGGUGCAUGGUAGCAGAGGCAGCUGGAUCAGGCCAAUGGCCCACCCCAGUCCAGCAUCCUGUUCUCACAGUGGCUGACCAGUUGCCUGUGGGAAGCUCACAAGCAGGACCUCAGCGCAUGAACCAUCUCCCCUCCUGCAGUUUCUAGCAACUGCUAUUCAGACGCAUUUAUGCCUCUGAAAGUAGAGGUAGAACAUAGCCGUCAUGGCCGGUAGCCAUGGAUGGCCUUGUCCACCAUGAAUUUGUCUAAUCCUCUUUUUAAUCCAUCCAGUGUGGUGACCAUCACUGCAUCCCAUGGAAGCAAGCUCCAUAGUUUAACUAUGCGCUGCAUGAAGAAGUACAGUGGUACCUCAGGUUACAGACGCUUCAGGUUACAGACACUUCAGGUUACAGACUCUGCUAACCCAGAAAUAGUCCAACCAUCUCGUCCUUUGUCGUCCCCUUCUCCUUGUGCCCUCCAUCUUCCCCAGCAUGAGGGUCUUUUCCAGGGAGUCUUCUCUUCUCAUGAGGUGGCCAAAGUAUUGGAGCCUCAGCUUCAGGAUCUGUCCUUCCAGUGAGCACUCGGGGCUGAUUUCCUUAAGAAUGGAGAGGUUUGAUCUUCUUGCAGUCCAUGGGACUCUCAAGAGUCUCCUCCAGCACCAUAAUUCAAAAGCAUCAAUUCUUCGGCGAUCAGCCUUCUUUAUGGUCCAGCUCUCACUUCCAUACAUAGCUUUAACUAUAUGGACCUUUGUUGGCAAGGUGAUGUCUCUGCUUUUUAAGAAAUAUCAACAACCAAACACUCCUACUCCCUAUAAUUAGACCUACUGAAAUUAAUGGGCCUAACUUAGUUGUGCUCUUUCAUUCCAAUGGGUCUACUCUGAGCUGCAUACGACCCUAUGGCUGUUUACUCAGAACCAGAACGAAGUCCAGCUCAGUUUAGGGUUUCCCUCCGAAGUAAGCCCGGCUCAGUGCAGUGUAACAGGCAAAACAGAAACCAGAGGAAUUAUUCAUCCGCUUGUCAUGCGGCAGAGCCGGCUGAGUGGCUCAUUUCCUGAAAGGAACAUUACACUGCUUUGCUGCUGCUGUUCUCCGCCAAUUGCAUCCUAAAUCAAUAUCGGAGGGAGGGUUAGAUAUUUAUUUAUUUUAAGGGCGUGAGAGCCAAGGCAAAGAGCCAGCCUUCACCUCGCAGUUCGGUGUGGGUUUUCCGAGGGAAGGCUCUGCGUCUGAGGGAACGCAGUGAAACCUGAGGGAACCUGCAGAGACUGACACCACACAGCCCCUCCGGUAUCCGAUUGUUUGGAACAGGGGAUGGAAGAGAAGAACAGGGUGUGGGACGGACAAGACACACACACACACCCCAAUCUGGAUUCUGACAUGCGGGUCUGCCGACACUGGAUUAAAUGAAGGCCGGCAAACGUUUCCCUUCUUCUGAUGAGGCCUCUCGGCUGUCUGCAGAGCGGCAGACAAGACGUACGGCUAGCAGUCGCCAUCCUCUGCCUGACGGCUGGCUGGGCUCUGCCGAGUAAGUGCUUUGGGCUCCUCGCAGUCCCCACACUUCUUUCCGCCGCCAGACCAGGUUGUGGUGCCAGGUGCAUUGUUGAGCUUGGGUCCUGCGCAUAGGUGUCAACUUUUCCCUUUUCUUGCGAGGAAUCCUAUUCGGCAUAAGGGAAUUUCCCUCAAAAAAAGGAAAACGUUGGUCUUGCGUGCAGGUUUGCCACAGGCGUCAUCUUCUUGGCUGCUGUGAGAAUGGCGUACUGGGCUAGAUAGGGUCAUUGCUCUGAUCCAGAAGAGCCCAUGAACAUCCUGGUCCCACAGUGGCCAGACAGACGCUUGUGGGAAACCUGUGAGCAGGAUCUGAGCAUAAGAGCCCUCUGCUCUCCUCCUGGUUUCCAGCAUGUUCCUUGUGUGUUCCUUUCCUAAACAGUCUCAUCACUUCCAUCCCUGCUGCCUCCCUGUGUGGUGUGUGUUUGUGUGGUUCGAGAUGCAUCUGUAUGGAAUUGUUUUUUUAAGACCUUUCAAAGUUGCUUCUGUUGUUUGCGGGAAAGAAGGGCCGCGUAUAAAUUAAACAGAUUAGUGCCUUUUGCUAAUAAUCCCCAACUAAGCAUGCAGCUCCUAAAGCCCAGCACUGCUAGAGGGGGGAACUUUAGCCUAAUAAAUUGUCUUCCUCCAUCUUCUUUGCCUUUGGCUCCCUUCUUCCUUUGUGGCGAGGUGUAGGCGUUUGCUGGGCUGUGGGCCAAAGCAGGCAUGGCAGGUCGUUUAGGUUUAGAAUAAUAGAAUCACAGAAUUGCAGAGUUGGAAGGGACCACGAGGAUCAUCUAGCCCAACCCCCAGAAAUCUUUUGCCCAGUGUGAGGCUUGAAUCCAUAACCCUGAGAUUAAGAGUCUCACGCUCUAUUGACUGAGCUAUUCUCUGGGGUUUUUUUCACUUGAGGUAUUUGGGCUUGGCCUGAAAAGGAACAAGGCCUGGUGUGUUCUCUCUCUCUCUCUCUCUCUCUCUCUCUCUCUCACACACACACACACACACACAAUCUCUCUGCACACUAGAGUUAUUCCUUUGGGCAUCGGGAGUCCAUAUAUUACAUAUUUUCCAAACCGUGUACAGUGGUACCUCGGGUUAAGAACUUAAUUCGUUCUGGAGGCCCGUUCUUAACCUGAAACUGUUCUUAACCUGAGGUACCACUUUAGCUAAUGGGGCCUCCCGCCACCACUGCACAAUUUCUGUUUUCAUCCUGAAGCAAAGUUCUUAACGCGAGGUACUAUUUCUGGGUUAGCGGGGUCUGUAACCUAAAGUGUCUGUAACCCGAGGUACCACUGUAUGUAGGUAUACAUGGUUGUAUGUGUACCCAACCACAGUACCCAACCAGUCAUUUGAGGCUCUGGUUGCCCCUACUAUUGGACAGAGUGAGGCAAGUGCUUCAGGCGGCAGAUGCUGAAGGCAGGCAGCAGGGGCGAUGCGCUGGAGAACAGAUCAAUUUGUGCCGCAUGGCCUGUCCUAUGGACCGGCUAGCUUGCUGUCCUCAGGUGUGGUUGGACAUAGGAGACCACUUCUAGGGUCUGAGGUCCCUCCCCCCCCUAAAAUAUUUGAGCAAGCUGCCCCCCCCCAAGCAGAUGAGCAUUUCCAUUCAAAUGGUGUGCCUCAUAUGAUAACAUAUACAGGGCGGGGCUUAUCUCCCCCACCCCAAUAUUUUGUUCAAGUUGGUAGAGCAUGAGACUCUUAAUCACAGGGUUGUGGGUUCAAGUCCCACCCUGGUAAAAAAAAUAUCCUGCAUUGCAGGGGGUUGGACUAGAUGACCCGUGUGGUCCCUUCCAACUUCACAAUUAUAGGAUUCUAAGUUGGUGGAGGGUGCUGUCCCAUUGCCAGUUUUGAUGUGAAAUCCCACUGCCAGUCUGGUCAACAUCUGUAUGUAAAUCCCCACCUCAAGCAGCAAAAUGCCCUGUUUGAGGCUGAAGCACACAGGUGUAGUCAUCACUUAGAAACAUAGGGAGCUGCCUUAUACUGGGGCCAUCUGUGUUCAUCUAUCUCAGCCUUCUCUGAUCUGAUGCCCUCCUGACAGCCCCAGCCAGCAUGGUUGAUAGUCAGGGACGAUGGGGGUCAAAUCUAUGUUGGAAAUAUAAAGAAAAGGAAGGGACCUUUUACCAUAUGUGGUGGGAAUGCAGAGAAAUUUUUAAAAAUUGGGAAAUGAUAUACAAUGAGUUGAAGAAAAUGUUCAAAAUGACAUUUGUAAAAAAAAACAGAAGCAUUUUUGUUAGGGAUUGUAGGACAAGACCUGCCAAGAAAAAUAAAGAAUUUAUUUAUGUAUGCUACAAUGGCGGCAAGAGUCUUGAUAGCACAAGGAUGGAAGAAAGGAUGGCAAAAGAACAGUGGCAAGAGAAAUUGAUGAACUAUGCAGAACUGGCAAAACUGACAUGUAAAUUGCGAGAUGAGGACAACUGUGACUUUAAAGAAGAAUGGGAACCUUUUACAAACUAUUUAGAAAGACAACAAAAUGAACUGGAUUCCUUGGCAGGUUUUGAAUAAACAUACACAAAUUUAUUGGGUUAAGAUAGUGGAUAGAUAAUAUAAGGAUGUAUACAAUUUUACAAUAUGCAGAGAACAAUAUGAGUUGAGAAAUCAGAGAGAGGAGCUGAGGGAAGUCUCGGGGGGGGGGAGGGAGGGUUUGUUGGGGAGGUGGGAGGGAAAAAGGGGGGAAUAAUGAAGAUGAUUUGUAUUGAUGAUUUGUUAUGUUGAAAUUGUUAAUAAAAAAAAUUGUUAAGAAAAAAAAGAUAGUCAGGGACGAUGGGAUUUGUAGUCCAAAAUUAUCUGGAAGGUAUCUGGUUGGGGAAGACUGAUCAAGCCCGCUGCCUGCUCUUAAUGGCAGUCAUGUUUCUGAACGCUGGUUGCUGGGAUUCCCAGGUGGGCAGAAUGUUUUUGUGCUCAUGCCCUGCUUGCAGAUUUCCCUCUGUGGUAUCUGAUGUGAGAACAGGAUGCUGGACAAGAUGGGCCAUUGGCUUGAUCCAGCAGAAUCUUCUCAAGUUCUAACUUUCUGACGCAAUACCCAAACUGAAACAGGGCUACAAACAUCUCUGACCUUUGCAAUGCAAUUUUCCAGCCAAGCAAUGUGUACAAAAAUGUAUGUAUUGGAGAAAAUAAUGUACGAAAACGCAUUAUAUAAUGCAAAAUUGCAUACAGAAAUGUGUGCGUUGGGAGAAGUUGCACUAAAAUGCCAAUGAGUUUCAUAAGGAUCUCUUUAAAAUAAUAAAAAGCAAACUGAUGUGGACUUGCGAGAACUUAAGGUGUAGCAAAAAUAGACCUAGAGAGAAACCAAAUGUAACGGAUUUGUCCAUCCCGAGUGACACUGAAUAGCUGGCCUCCUCACAACCAAAUUUAUUUUUAUUUAUUGCAUUUAUAUCCCACCUUUCACUCCAGGCAGCACACAUGUGUCUCCCCCUCCUCAUUCAAUCCCCACAACAACCCCAAGAGGUUAGGCUGAGAGGUAGUGACCAGCCCAAAAUCACCCAGAGAGCUUUGUGGUUGAAUGGGGAUUCGAAUCCUGGACUCCCUGGUCCUAGAUGAAUGCUGUAAGCCAGGGUUUCCCAAACCUGGGUUGUCAGCUUUUUUUUUGAACUACAACUCCCAUCAUCCCUAGCUAGCAGGACCAGUGGUCAGGGAUGAUGGGAACUGUAAUCCAAAAUCAGCUGGAGACCCAAGUUUGGGAGACGAUACUCUAAGCAUUGUUUAUAUGCCACACUAGCUCAACACGGGACGCUGGUGGCGCUGUGGGUUAAACCACAGAGCCUAGGACUUGCUGAUCAGAAGGUUGGUGGUUUGAAUCCCUGCAAUGGGGUCAGCUCCCGUUGCUCGGUCCCUGCUCCUGCCAACCUAGCAGUUCGAAAGCACAUCAAAGUGCAAGUAGAUAAAUAGGUACCACUCCAGCGGGAAGGUAAAUGGCGUUUCCGUGCGCUGCUCUGGUUCGCCAGAAGCGGCUUAGUCAUGCUGGCCACAUGACCCAGAAGCUGUACGCCGGCUCCCUCGGCCAAUAAAGCGAGAUGAGCGCCGCAACCCCAGAGUCGGCCAUGACUGGACCUAAUGGUCAGGGGCCCCUUUACCUUUUAGCUCAACACAGACAAGGCCAAUCCAGCACCUAAAAAAAAGGACGACUUCCCCCUUUGCUUUCUUUUCCCAGCCCAAGGAGGAGAAGCAUCGUUGCUGGUCUCACAACCCAACGUGAACACCACGGUGGCGCAGAACGUUUUGCUGUCCGUCGCGCACACCUUCGGGGGCUCCCCCAUCAUCAAGUGGACCCACACGUCUCCCAGGGGCACGUCCAAAAUUGCCGAGUGGAAACCGCGAAGCUACGCCAACAUAUCCAGCGGCUACAUAGACAGAGUGAAGAUUUAUGACAACGGUUCUCUUCAGCUGCUGAACGUCGAUAUCAGAGAUACUGGUUAUUACUUAGUCACGGUGAGGGAAGAGUUUGGGAUCACCAUCUAUGGCACCAUCCUGUUGAAUGUUUAUGGUAUGAAAUCAGAGGAUUUAAUAUUUUCUCUAGGGCCGACUGCUCGCAACCCGCUCUUCGGCAGGAGUUGGGAGCUAAAGCUGGGCUGAAUAUCCCCAUCCCACAAUUUCAUAGGAAUGCUUGGCUCACACAGAAAUGGGAAAGGUGAUUGUUGGAGAGUUUUCAGGGGGCAGGCAAACUUUUAAGACUGUGGCAAAGGUUUCCCUUCUUUCUUUAUUUUACCUCCUGCCUUGCCACCCAAAAGCAGGUAGGUCCCUGGUCGCCACAAGGUGUUUUUUCACACAUCCAGGUGAAUAUGAAUUAGAAGCCUCUUGCAGACCUUCCCUGCUCAAUGUAGGGGAGCUCAGGAACACAAUGCCCAUAGAUAGAUCAUUCACCUGUUCAGGUAAAUGUCCGAGAAUGUGCCAAGAAGCUGCCAUCUGACUAAUAAAUGAACGGAUAUUUAUUUAUCUAGCAAAUUCAUUGCCACCAAAUUACCAGCAGUGGUUCAGGGUCAAGUGCCCUCAUGGAUUAUUUGCUAAACGCGUGUUGUUGUUGUUUUAAAGGUUUAUUGGAUGAAUAGAUGUAUAUUCUUUGAUUCAAGGGGAUUGCCAUUCUACCUCUUGUUAUCCUGAUCUUGGAGCCCUAAAGCAUUACAGCAGGACAAACAUGUAAUGGGAAAUAGAUAAUUAAAAACCUGAUAAAGAUCAGGUUUUCAACAGAUAGAGGAUGGUGGUCAGUGGCUUCUCCUCUCUGUGUUUUUGUGCUGUCUGCCUUUGCCUUUCUCGUUGCUGAGGGAGACUUGUCAGACCAUGGCAACAGAAGAUAAAGUCCUGGGGGAGAGUAACCUGUGCCAGGUUUGUGGCCCCGUUUCUGAAUGCUUCCCACAUAUCAAUCCCCAACUCCUCCCUGAAAGUAAACAAUGAGCAUGGGAUGGCGAACGCUUUCUAUUUGCAUAGGGAAACAUUUCAAAAUGCAAUUGCUUUGACUGCCCACCUCCACCAAAAACCCAAAACAGAUACAGCUCAUUUCUAUAUCAUUGCUCUACUCUAGGGGUGGCCAACUCCCAAGAGACUGCGAUCUACUUGGGGGAAAGUUGUUAAGCUUUUUUUAAGGAGCAGGAGCUUUUUUUUUUUUAGGGGAGCCAAAGUUGUUGAGCUUUUUUGGGGUGAGCCAGUGAUCUGCCAGAGAUCUACUACCACAGACAUCCAGUGAUCUACCGGUAGAUCACAAUCUACCUGUUGGACAACUAUUGCAUAGGUAGAGCAGGCUCCAGAUAAGUCACAAGGGUGAUUGAUGGCAGCGGCAGUGGGGAAAUUUGGAAACAGAGAGGUCAAAAAGCAACGAGGGCUUGGCAGAAAACAAGCUGGGAUCCUGCCAGACAACCUGUUUAUUCAGCAUUCAUCCUGAUUUGAUUGCACAAAGCUUCUUGUUGUUGUUUAGUCGUGUCCGAGUCUUCGUGACCCCAUGGACCAGAGCACGCCAGGCACUCCUGUCUUCCACUGCCUCCUGCAGUUUGGUCAACCUCAUGCUGGUAGCUUCAACAACACUGUCCAACCAUCUUGUCUAGUCAUGCUGGCCACAUGACCUGGAAGCUGUACCCCGGCUCCCUCGGCCAAUAAAGCGAGAUGAGCACCGCCACCCCAGAGUCGGCCACAACUGGACCUAAUGGUCAGGGGUCCCUUUACCUAAACCUAAAUAAAGGGUAUGCACCUGAAUCUAUCCCACAGCAUAGCGAUAAUCUGGAGGCACCCCUCAGUGACUCGUGAUUUCUUUUCCAAACGUCCUAAGUCAACUUCCACUGUGUUGUCUGUCUCCCCUUCUCCUUCAGAGAUUAUCUAUGAAGACCUGCAUUUCGUAG